UGUUUACUAUAUAUUUAAGUAUUUGAACAGUUUUAUAAAAUAUUACUUAUUCGAAAAUUGGUCGAUUUUAAAGACUUUUAUUACAACACGCGUAUUAAAGAAAUUGCUCAUUACAUGAAGUUAUAAUUGUUGCGGAAAUUGUCCACGUAAGUCAUUCAUAUACUGUGAAACCAUUAUUAAUCGUCAGGCAUUAAUUUUCAUAAAUUUCGUCAGUCGACCGAUCGGCGAAUUUAAGAUCCUAACGAACAAUCAUGCUCUAUGUUUGAACAAAAACAAACACUAAGUUGAACAAUAUUUUAAAACUUUACCGUAUACAUUAGGCAUUAAAUUCCAACAUAAUCCAUGCACACAUUCACUGCUGUUUCGUAAUCAAGAUUAAUCCGGUUUUGACACAAAGGGAUGUAGAAUACACAAGGUACUUAACUGACACGUUACACUUCUUUAAAACGCGUGUGCAGUACAUCUGUAUCGAAUGCGUUGACUUCGUUUAUGUAGAAUGGUAAUGAAUUAGCGCUAAUUGUUUAUAACUUUAUUACCCAUUAGGUGCAUUGUGUUUUUCAGGGGUGUUGCAUAUUAGCCAGCACGCAGCGAAUGCCGAUGAAAGACAAUAAACCAAAUUAAAAGAUGACGAUGUGUGAGCAACAUGCGUAUUUAUCACAAAUAAUAAAGAAUAUUUUAAGUGCUGUUUGUUGUUUGAUUGUUUGCCCAUAACCACACUUAUUACUAUUUUAUAUGUAUCAAUUUAUUUAUUUUUAAAUUAUUGACAUUAUUGUUUUAUAUACCGGUAGUUUACUUUUUAAGAACAAACACACACAUAGAGUUUAUAAUUUUAAUGUUGAUAUCAGAAUACAAAAGCAUUUUAUUUGAAAAAAACAGUGACAUUUGAGACCAAUUACUGUUCUUAAAAUAAUCAAAAAUGUACGAUGCAAAACGCUUGAAACUUUAUUGAAAAGUGACAAAAUAAUUUCCUAACACUAGUUAUAACCCAUAUUGUUCGCACCUUCCCUAAUUGGUGCCGACAAAGGUACGAUUGUUAUCAGUAUGGCAAUUAUAAUAAUAGAAUAAGACUAAUUGGCAAUUGGCUUCGUUGUUACAAACACUCGUUAACGGUUAUUCGAUCCCACUUGUCCACUAAUCAUAACAAUGAACGUGUGAAUGGCAUACAUUAAGAGGGUUCAUUACUGUCCCUUGAAAACAAAACUAGUUAAUUGGCAUGUGACAAACAGGCCCCACCUCCUGCAGUGAUUCUCAAGUGUGCUCCCGCAUUCGUACCACGAUUUUUCGCAACUGCGAUUGAUCGCGAAUAUGUAUUACACACAAAUCGGAUAUUGACUGACGCAUUUUGUUAAAAUUCAAAAUCAGAAAUCGGCGAAUUUAAGUGCUGACGAAAUCGUAAUUUUUAUAAAAAUGACGAAAUUUUGUGCUGUCGAAAAUAAAUGGUUUCACAGUAAGCACCAAGCGUGAGUUAAGGACAUGGUCUGAAUGCGCAAGCCAUACAUGCGACUGUUGCAUAUUAGGAACAAAACGACGACAUGGCGCUUUACAAGAAGCAUGGCAUUGUAUGGUUCAUGAACAGUAUACGCGUUUUUCGUUUAAAUCAACAUUAAAACAUACAUUAAAUAAUAUUAUAACAUUAACGUGUAUUAGAUAUAAGAUCAUUUUACUAAUACAUUUUAAAGAAAUGUGAAGUUUAUUAUCUGCGUUUACCUUAGGUCAAAUUCCUUUCAAAAGUCUAAACAUCUAUAUCAGUUUUAGUACAGGGUGAUAUGGUAAUGAUAUUUGAUAACGAAACGGCGUAGAUAAAUGUAUAAGUGUAGAUAAUGCAUGCACACUCUUCAACUGAUACGAUUAUGAAUGGUACACUUUUAUUACUGUAGGAUAAUUAAAAAUCACAACUCUGAUUAGUAAAUAAACAUACGUUUGGUACAUGGACAUUUCGGUUUUACUUGCUUAAGUGUGCUUUGUGUAUUUUUAAGUCUCAAUUCAUUUGAAAGGGCUUAGUUUAUCUUACAAUCACAUCAAGUUUAUGAUAAAGAUUCCGUUUAGUGUCAAUAUAUGAGCAUUUAUGGAAAGCACCAAAAUGUGCAAGAAAGUUAAGUUUGUAUUCUUGAUAAAAUAUCUCAUAGAAAUGCCUUUUUCUGCAGAUCUGAUGAGUAAUAAACCACUUCAAAAUAUGGGUCGGAACAUCUUAGUUCAGCGGCCAGGUGGCAGUUUUUCAUGUAGGGUACCAUCGAACAGAAAUCUAGAAAAUCCGACAGAGCUAUGUUUUGAUGGCACGCAAACUGAGAUCGUAGUUCAAGAUAUCCCACCUGGAGUUGACUCAGAAAUCCUUGAGAUGUUGUUUUCAUCGCGGAGAUUAAAGUCAUGCACAGUUGUUGAAGUUGACUUUGAUGAAGUGGAGUCGAAUGCCGUAAUAAAAUUUGAUAAACCCGAAGAUGUAAAGACAGUGCUGAAAAACCGCCCAAUAACAAUAAAAAAGAAGGAUUUAUCUGUACAAAUCAAUGUUCCAACGAAGUUGUGUACAGUUAUUGUUCGAGGACCAAGCGAGAUCGUUAAGGAGGAAAAUGAAGAAACAUUUGAGCUAUAUUUUGAAAAUGAAAAGAGGUCUGGAGGUGGCGAUAUAGUGGAUAUAAGUUUCAAAUCAGAUGCAUUUUAUAUCACAUUUAACGAUUAUGAAGUUGCCAAACGUGUUGCACAAAGAUCUGACCAUCGUUUAUGUCGUAAACAGGUAACAGUAGAGCUCUUGGUGCCACGCCGGUCAACGAAUAUACGUCAUAUGAAUGAGAUCAAUGUAGCGGAGUUAACACUCAUGGGAAGUGACGAACAAACGGAGGAAAUAGACCAAAGUCCGGUGAAGACUAUAAAAGUUCAAGGAAUCAGCAAGCUAUACAACAGAGACAGUGUGCACUUAUAUUUUGAAAGCUUGGAAAAGUCGGGUGAAACUAGAAUUAAAGAAUUAUUUAAUGAUAAUGAAGAUGAAAAUAUCAUUUACAUUCGAUAUGAAGACGAGUCCGCUGCCAGAAAAGUAGCUGAAAGGCAGCAUCCUAUUGAUGGUCAUAAUCUUGGGGUUUCGUUGUACGUCCCACCCAUUACCCCGCCCAACUACACAAACAAGCUUUUAAUCAAAGGAUUGAAUCCCAGGAUAACAUUCAGUGUCCUAGAGCUGUUCAUGGAGGCUAGAGCGGGAAUUUCUCUGGUAUAUAUAAUAUAUCACGUUGACCGACAAGACACUGCUUUGGCGAUAGUCGAUGGGGUAACAGAAAUGCAUGUUUCAUGGACAAAAUUGGAAGACGCAUGCAAGUCGAAGCCCUUAGAAGGCUCAAUACUGCGAUUAUGUCCAGUACCUAUGUCCAACUGCGUGCAUGUAUCGAACAUACGUAGUGUGUACACCGAAGACACAAUCGCCUUGUAUUUUGAAAACGUACACAGAAGUUACGGUGGACCUGUGGACAAAGUUAAGAUAUUCGUCGAAAAGAAAUGUUGUAUCGUGUUCUUCAAGGACUAUAAAGUGGUUGAUAACGUACUGUCAAAGAAACAUACACUUGAUGGCAAACCGCUUGUCGUAAAACGAUACAUUCCGUGCAUUGGAAAGACAGAGGAUGAUAUUGUCGGACGAAGUAUUAAAAUGCCAAAACCAUUUGAAAUAAAAACGAAUUCAAACAAAAAGAAAUUUCUGGGCCUGACGGUCAUUAAAAAAACUCUGCAAAGGCACAUGUCUAAAUGCUACGCAUUAGUAAAGUGGCCUACUGAUAUUGCGAACAAAAAUGUUGAAAUAUUUUGUACAUUGUCGGAAAAUGUUGAGGACUUUGAGGGGUUGGCUAAAAACUGGAAGGAAAACGCAAAAACAACUUUUGACGACUUCAUGAACAAACUCAACAUGGACGGUGAACAUGAAGUAAAAGUUGAAAUUCAUCAAAGAACAAAUGAAAUAAAAUUGACUGGUUUAAAUAUCAUGGUGAAGUGCAUUCAGGUUGAGGAAUUCCCAACACCCGAGUCUUUUCCGGACUCUGACAUGAAUAAGCAAACUAACUUCCUCAACAUGUAAACGCACAGAUUCGUAAAAGAUAAUAUUUUGCAGAAGUUAAACCGUAAUGGGGCGGUGACGCUGUGGGACUCUAAUCGUCAGUUAAAUACCGUGUGUAAAAGGAACAACAUGUUUGAUGGAAAAGAAUGUUUAAGUAAGUUGAUUUCUACAGGCAGAGUACAGCUUCAGCCAGAAUUUGGAUCAUUAGUUCGAAUAGACAUAUGGGAAAAUAUUUUGCAAGAGCUAACUUUAGUAUAUCAAGGAAAGCUUUUGAUUGAAGUUGCAUUAGAAGCAAUAACUUUGCUGUGUACCGAUGAAAUACUCAGUACAGUGUUGAUAUUCGUUUCUGAUUUUCUGCAAAAUAAUACUUUGUGCAUUGAAAAGUGGUGUUUUGAAAAAUACACGGAGCUACUGUUGCUAAGGCACAAUGUCCAAGAUAUUUUUGGAAUAGCGAAAAGUGAAAAUGUCGUAAUCAAAAUCGAAGAAACAGAAGUUAAAACUAUUGGAUCACCUGCAAACAUCAAAGUGUUUAGGCAAAAGCUCGAAUCCAUAGCCAUGAAAGUAAAGAAAACAGAACAUUUGGUUACAAAACACGGCAUUUCCGGCUUUUUUCGUUCUAAUAAAGGUCAGGGACUACUCAAGCAUGUGGAACGUUUAUACCCUGUUAUCAUUGGAAUUAAUGAAGAAGUCGAUAAAGGUACUCACAGAAAACCAUCGAUGGUUGCUGCUAGAACUCCGUCUGAAAACGCCUCCUCUAAAGCAAAUUCUGUUUACCUAAAUAUUUACUCAAAGGAGGAAUCGCUCAUAAGAAAAGCCAUUGCCAAGUUAGACGCCAUGAUUGAAGACGAGGUCUCUAAAAUUAGUUUUACCGAUUCAAUUAUACAACGGUUCGAUGAUCGACAGAAAGAAGCAUUAAGACGGAUUGCAGAUAACAACGAUGUAGAUUUAAGACUCACCUGUGACGGAUUCGAAAUUGAGGGAAUGAUGGCAAAUGUGCACCGUAGCAGCACUCUUGCUAACAAAAUAGUAAGGGACGCAUUACAAAUUGAAAGAGACAUACAGGCAGCGCAUAUUUUCUGAGAUGUUGCCCAAUGGUACUACAUCGAAGUAACUGAUGAAGGCGACGAAUUAAAAGAAUAUGAUACUAUUCUAAACUACAAGAUAGAAAAGGCAUUCAAAAAUCACGACAGCAUAUUCUUAUAUUGGGAAGAUAUGGUUGAAGUAGUCGUCGAUUUCAAUACUUUGCAAGAAUAUGAAAAGGGCGAAACAGAUGACAACAAGAAAACGAAGCUAGUUCGAAAAGAUUUGAUUAAAGACACAUUGCGCGAAAUACCAAACAUUUGGAAGGAAAUGAAAGGAAAUCUCUUAGUGCACACCUUGCUGACCACGGACCCUAAAUACGCAGUAAUAGCCACUACCUUCAUAGCGUCGGCAGGCUCACAGUUUACUAUUCAAAAGAUCGAAAUGGUCCAAAACAAAUCUCUAUGGCAAAAGUACGCUGCGAAGAAGGAGCAACUAGAUGGUCAGAAUCCUCAGGGAACGACAAACGAACGUUUCCUCUGGCAUGGUACGUCUGCCGAUGCGGUAGAUAAAAUCAAUUUUCAUGGCUUCAAUCGCAGCUUCUCUGGAAUGUAUGCGGUUCACUCCGGUGACGGAGUCUACUUUUCGGGCAGAGCAGACUAUUCCGCUCAGAAUGUAUACUCUAGACCAGAUCCGAAUGGUGUUAAACGUAUGUACUACUGCGGAGUUCUUACAGGAGAAUACACAGUGGGCCAGCGUGGAAUGCGAGCACCACCUCCUAAACCUUCUGGUGGAAGAAACGCAGUAUAUGACUCAGUGACAAAUAAUCUACAAAAUCCAGUGAUUUUUAUUAUAUUUAAUGAUACACAAGCAUAUCCGCUCUAUAUUGUCCAUUUUAAGUAGCUUAUAUACAUCGCUGCCAAUUAACUACAGUUAAUGACAUGACUAACAGCGGUUGCAUUCGGUGAAGGAGUCUACUGUGCGGUCUGUGCAAGCUACUCUGCCCAGAAUAUAUUCUCCAGACCAGAUCCGAAUGGUGUUAAACGUAUGAACAACUGCGGAGUUCUGACAGGGAAAUACACAAUGUCUCGGCGUGGAAUACUUGCACCGCCACGUAAACCAUCCGGUGGGAUAAACGCAUUGUACGAUUCAGUGACGAAUAAUGUAAAAUAUCCACAGCUCUUUAUUAUCUUUAAUGAUACUCAUGCUUAUCCGCUUUUUAUUGUCCAUUUUUUAAGUGAAUGCAUAAUUUAAGGUCCAUAGCAUAAGUGUCAAAGACGUCUCAAUGCCCGUACAUUCAUAUUCAUAUGUUGUAUUUUUGCUAUUUUCGUGACUCGUAUUAUUGGCAUUUUGUCUCAUAAGCAAUAGUAACCCCCAAUGUUAUUUAGCUGACUGUGCUGUUACACAAGACAUGUAUUAUAGACAUGCGCAUAUUCGAACACAUUUUAUCAUUUUUUUGAAAUUAUAUGUUAGACUUUCCAUUCGGUAUAUGACUAUUAUACAUUUAGAAAGCAUGGUCAAUUUAGUGUGCAAAUACAGUAAAUAUAAUCAAAUGACAAUGUUUAUGUUAUAACACAUUUGAUGAGUGUAAUAAUGCUGUUUUCAUUAUGAUGGAUGUAAGAUAAUGGACGCAUUUUUCUUGUUGUUACUUUUAUAAGAUUUGAUAAACUUAUUCUACAGAACAUUUCUAUUAGACAUCUUUUUAAAGUACACUAGUAUUGUGUUACAUUUUACAUACGUUUGGAAAAAAACAUUCAUUCAUCACUUUAGUACAUUAGUUUAGAUCAAUAACAUAUGUGUCCAAGACAUCUCAAUGCCCAUACAUGUAUACGCAUAUGUUGUAUUUUUGCUAUUUUCGUGACUCGUAUUAUUGACAUUUUGUCUCAUAAACAAUUGUAACCCCCAAUGCAAUUUCACUGACUAUUCUGUGACACAAGACAUGUAUUAUAGACAUGCGAAUAUUCGAACACAUUUCAUGAGUUUGGGAAAAUUUAAUUUAGACUUUCAAUUUGGUAAAUUACAACUGUAAAUUUAGAAGCAUGGUCAAUUAAGUGUACCAAUAAAGUAAAUAAAAUUAAAUAACAAUGUUAAUGUUAUAACAAAGUUGAUGAUUGUAAUAAUGCAGUUUUCAUUAUGAUGGAUGUAAGAUAGUGGAAUCAUUUUUCUUGUUUUUACUUUUAUAAGAUUUGGUAAACUUAUUCUACAGAACAUUUCUAUUUGACACCUUUUGCACAUAACACUAGUAUCUUGUUACAUUUUACGUACGUUUGAAAGAGAAUAUUCAUUCACCACUAUAUCAAGUGCCUGUGUGUUGCCCACGGUUUGCUUUUUAAAGUUAAUAACAUAUUGCAUUAUAGAACUUAUAUAAGCACAAUGAUGUAGAAUGAUUAAAACUGUCAUUUACUAUACGUGUAAACUAUAGUACAUGUAUUACCUUAAUCGCGCAUGCGCUUUAAAUGUACUGAUUGAAAACGUUUAGACAGUAUAUCGAUAUGUUCAUAUUAUAUUUUUAUCUCUUAACUUACAUAGAAAAAUGUUUGCACUUAGCGCGUGCUUUUACUUAAUAAAGCACAUGUGUGACAGACAUUUAGGUCGCGAUAUUUUGUUCAUAUCGCUAUUAUACACAUUUAAUGUAUGAAUUGGUUUGUACAUUAAAUUCAAAUGUAUUUAAUGUGUUUAUGUAUUAAUGCAUGUGCAUUUCAGAUUUUCAAAUGUUUUAUAUAAUCCAAUGAAGAUAUGGUAAUAGGUGAAUCGAUAGCAAGAUAUCUGGAUCAGGAAGCAAUUAUUUAUAUGUAUGGACGACUAUCCAUUUUUUUAUUUUUUAAGUAAUUAAAUGACGACAUUAUACAAGUUGAAUAAAUAUACAGAUAUCUGGAUCCAGAAAUGUUUCUGGGAAACAAUUAUUUACCCGCAGUUUAAGUACAAGAGUUAGGCUUGUGAAUCCGAUUGUUCAGUUUCUAAUUUCAAGAGGUUUAAGUAAGCAGUAUCCAGAGAUUCCUGAUUUCGUGACUUUUUUAUAUUUGUAAAUAUGAUGAUGUAAUUACCAAUGAGUGUGUUUAAUAAUUAUUGUAUGAUAAAUAUUUGCAACUACUAUCGUAUAUAUAUACACAUAUUGCUAUUGAAUGCCUGCAAAAAGCAUAAAAUUCACUUUAUGAUCCAAUGUGUAAUCAUGUAUGUUCUGCAAUAUGUUUAUCAUUAAAACCAGAUUAGUUUGUAUAACAUUUCCAUUGCUUCGUUAAUACGUCAGUUACGUGUUUAAUGGUUUGUGUUGGUUGGAUAUUCAGGCAAGCCUCUUCCUUUCCAAGUGUUUUUAUUGUAUUGCGUACGCCUUGCCUGAAAAUAAAAACGAGGUGGGAUUCAAUACUUAUAAAAAUGUUAAUCAGAAGUCUUACUUAAGUCAGCAGCAUAUUUAACAUGUCGUAUAUGGUUGACCUAACAUAACUUUACAAAAUUAUAACAAACACGAGGCGGGGUCGCUUAUUUAAGAAUUUAGUUUCAGAUCUUAGGUCAAAUUUAAAUGGAAAAUGUUAGAAUUCAAUCAAUCACGUUUGCCCAGUGCUUUAAUCACUCGAAAUCACCUUUUUCCAGAUUAUAUAGUUCUUUGUUAAGAAAUUUAACAAUUUUGUACUAGACACUUGAAUUAAAACGUGUUCAUUUUAUCAUUGGGUUCACUGCAAUAGGCUGUUCUAAUCAAAACAAGUACCUGAAUGAUAAGCUAGUACAAUAUUUGCAUAGUAAUUAAUUUGAGUUGUUGUACACUAAAACAUUGUUUGUAUUGGUAUUUUUAAACCAAUAAAAUUAUUUUAUUCAAAUGUAGCAGUUUAAAAAGCAAGUAUAUAAAUUCCAAUCAAACGUCUUCGUAUCAAGCCAACAUAGCUAAAACUGCGUUAAAUCGUUCAAAACAUGUUUAUUUCAAAAUAAUAGUAAUCUCCUCAAGAGACACAGUUACGAAAUACUUUGUGAACGGAAUGCAUUCCAUGCAUUAUUUCACAAUAAAGCACAUUUAACAAAUACACGUUUUUGAUUGAAUUGAUUGAAUAUAAACCUAAUUGAAAUGUGUCGCAUGUUAAUGCUUAAAAUGAACUUUACGCUUUAUAUUAUAACAUGUCUCUUGUUAUGUUAAAUACGUGUUUGUUAUCCUUUAAUUAAUAUGAUACGUAUUGUACAUAUUUAAUUAGUCGUUGAUGCCCUAAUUUCAUUAUUAGUUUAUAUUUAUAUUUGUUAUUUUCGUAACAUGUUAAACUGUGUUCCAGAUAUGCAAUUGAAUAGCUGUCGGUUCUAUAAAAUGGGUAUUGUGAGUACAAAAAUCCGUUAGCGGGUUUGAUAAGUCAUAAAUAACAUGUACCUGUUCGCAAGCAUUAUGAACUUUGUUUCUAUAAAAUAAAUAUUGAAUGCAUA